AUGUACCUUGAUCUGUUCAAGGGACUCGGGCUAAGGAAGGAGGACCUGAUGAAACACACUUCGCCUUUGGUUGGGUUCGACGACAAAGUAGUGAUUCCUGAGGGGCAAAUUUCCCUUCCCGUGAUUAUGGGGGGGAAGGAGGUGGCAGUGACAUUUAUGAUAGUAAGUUCAUUUUUCCCGUAUACUGCCAUUCUAGGAAGACCGUGGAUCCAUUCAAUAAGGGUUGUCCCAUCUACACUACAUGUAAAGAUCAAGUUCCCAAUUGAGCAAGGUGUCAUAGUGAUGAGAGGAGACCAGCAAGCGACCAGACAGUGUCUUAUCGUCGUAAUGAAUUGGAAGUGGGGGAAUCAAGUCAAUCAGGGAGAAACCACCGAACAAUUGGUUGGAGCAAGCAUGAGUAAUGAGGAAGGGGUCCAAGUAUUGCUGUUUUUGAUUCAAAACAUGGAUGUUUUCACUUGGAACCCUUAUGAAGUUCCCGAGGUUGAUCCCGGAUUUAUCGUCCACAAGCUUAACGUAGACCCCUCAUAUCCCUCGAAGAAACAAAAGCUAAGAAGGUCAGUCAAAGACCUUGUUGAGGCGGUAAGGCAAGAGGUAGAGAAGCUGAAGGAGGUAGGAGCAAUAAAGGAAACCUUUUUCCCAGAAUGGCUGGCAAAUACCGUGGUCGUCCGGAAGAAGAACGGCAAGUGGAUGGUUUGUGUGGAUUUCACGAACUUGAACUGA